AUGGGCUCCAACGACAUCCCCCCACCCCACAUCCCCACGCACGUCGUCCCCACGUGCAACCUCCUCCUCCAAAUCGGCGGCGCCCUCUGGACCCUCGCCUACCUCCUCUACACACGCGAAUCCUUCCAGACCAAAUCCUACGGAAUGCCCCUUUUCGCCCUGGCCCUCAACUUCGCCUGGGAACUCGUCUACGCGCUCUACGUCGCCGAAUCGCCCCUCGAACGCGCGGUCUUCACGAUCUGGUUGGUCAUCGACUGCGUGAUGCUGUAUGGCGUGUUGAAGUUUGCGAGGUUUGAGUGGAGACAUUCUUCCUUCGUGGCGAAGAAUGUUGGGGGCGUUUUUGUUGCGAUGGUUGGUGUGGCGACGCUGGGGCACUGGACGUUCGCGAAUUGGUGGUUGAAUGGGGAGGUUGGGAGGAAGGAAGGGAAGAUCUAUCGGGGGGUCGUGGGGCCUGAUACGACCGAGUUGGGGUUUUGGAGUGCGGCGUUUUGUCAGACGUAUCUUUCCGCGGCGAGUCUGUGUCAGUUGGUGGUGAGGCAGCAUUCGGGGGGUGUGAGUUGGAGCAUCUGGGCUACGAGGACGUUUGGGUCGAUUAUAGGUUUGUAUUUGAAUUAUGGUUUGGCUUGGUGGUUCUGGACUGAAGCUCAUGAGUAUUUUGUUUCGCCGUUUGCGUUGUUUCUGUGGGUGGGAGGUUUCGUGUGUGAUGUAGCCUACGCAUUUGUGCUUUGGCGUGUUCAACAGACGGAGAUAGUGCUCGAAGAUGGGCGGAAAGAAGAUGGCAGUGCUGCUAAUGGCGUGCACGCGAAGAAGCACUUGUAG